UGUAGAGAGGGGAGCUGAGCCUGGGGACAAACGGAGAGCAGCACAGCGCCCUGUCCCACUCAAACUGGAGCACAACAGCACCAGGGUCCCGCAGCAUCCAGCGCACUAAAGGCCCUGGCUAUGGCUACGUCUAUACUUGGGGAAGAGCCUCGCUUUGGGACUACCCCUUUAGCAAUGCUGGCGGCGACCUGCAACAAAAUCGGCAACACAAGUCCUCUCACCACGCUGCCCGACUCCAGCGCCUUCUCCAAAGGCGGAUUUCACCCGUGGAAAAGAUCGUCGUCCAGCUGCAACCUGGGCUCCAGCCUGCCCGGCUUCAGCGUGGCCACGAGCCGUAGCAGCUCGGGACUACCGGCCACAACGGGCGCGAGCAGCAGCGCCUUCUGCCUGGCCUCCACGUCUCCGACGUCGUCCGCGUUCUCCAGCGAGUACAGCAGCUUGUUCUCCAACACAGCGGCGGGCGUCAGCUCGCAGGACUCGGGGCAGUCGGCGUUCAUCUCCAAAGUGCACACGUCCGCAGAGACGCUGUACCCGCGCGUGGGCGUGGCGCACCCGUACGAGUCGUGGUACAAGUCCGGCUUCCACUCCACCAUCUCGGGCGACGUGGCGAACGGCGCGAGCUCGUGGUGGGACGUCCACACGAGUCCCGGCUCGUGGCUGGACGUGCAGAACCCGGCCGGUUCGCUGCAGACGUCGCUGCACUCGGGCACGCCGCAGGCCAUCCAUUCGCAGCUGAGCGGCUACAACCCCGACUUCCCCGCGCUCACGCACUCCGCCUUCAGCUCCACGGGCAUCAGCCCGAGCGCGUCGCACCUGCUGUCCACCGGCCAGCACCUGUUGGCGCAGGACGGCUUCAAGACCGUCAUCCCCGCCUACACGGACACGUCUGCGGCCGCCAACGCCAUGAUCUCUGGCGCGGGCUCGAGCAUCGCCAGCUCCUCGCGCUCCUCCCGGAGAUACUCGGGCCGGGCCACGUGCGACUGCCCCAACUGCCAGGAGGCCGAGCGGCUGGGACCGGCGGGCGCGAGCCUGCGCAGGAAAGGACUGCACAGCUGCCACAUCCCGGGCUGCGGCAAGGUCUACGGCAAAACGUCGCACCUGAAGGCGCACCUGCGCUGGCACACCGGCGAGAGGCCCUUCGUGUGCAACUGGCUCUUCUGCGGCAAGCGUUUCACGCGCUCCGACGAGCUGCAGCGGCACCUGCGCACGCACACGGGCGAGAAGCGCUUCGCGUGCCCGGUGUGCAACAAGCGCUUCAUGCGCAGCGACCACCUCAGUAAGCACAUUAAGACACACACGGCCGGAGGUGGGGGCAAAAAGGGCAGCGACAGCGACACCGACACCAGCAACCUGGAGACGCCGAGGUCCGAGUCACCGGAACUGAUCUUAGAGGCGGUGAACCCGCGGGUCACGGUCAAAGAGCAGCAGUCUCCCCACCACGAGUCCUGACUGACACUCACCACAUAGCUGACCACGCACACAUCUAGCCCUCUCCGAAAGCGCGACUGCUAGGCUGUGACAGACACAGGAGAAAGAAACGGGUCAGGAGUUUCACGAACUGCUCUGACACAGCGGCAGAGCCAUUUUCUUUCUUUGCUUGUUUCUUUUAUGUUGGAGUUUCAUGAACUGCUCUGGCGACAGUUUAACAGUUUCGGUUUCUUUUCUUUCUUUUGAGAAAAUAGAGAAAACCAACAUUUUUAAAUCCCAGCUCAUUAACUGGGAUAUACAUAUUUAAACCUAAGCGUGGUUAUUUCUAUGCUGUAUCGACACGGUGCGGGACGAUCGAUCGGUUAAAAUGUAGGCGAAGGGGGUAGAAUAUCUUUGCUUUAUCUUUGCUUUGGAUCGGUGCGUGACGCAGCGACCCCGACCGAACAGGGCUGGAAAACUGCGAGCUGAGCUAAACUGUGUAGAUACACCCACAAACACAUUAUUAUUUUUGUCCCCUCCUCUGUAAAUGUCCCUUCUGACUGUUUUGUGGUGGAUCCUGAAAUUCAGGGAGUUUUCUUUACUUUCGACGCACUUUGUGGAUGUCAGUAUGUAUGUAACACAGCUAUUUAAAAUUCAGUUACUCCUUUCUUUACCUUGCUAAAAAUAUAUAAAUGUUUAAUUGUAUAAAGUCUCGCGUAUAAGACUUUGAUUUUGUAAUUAAAGGGAUUUAAAAUCGAAA